GUAUUCAUAACCAGUGCGGACUGCAGAUAAUAUUCUUCUUAGUAUAAGUCGAAUUUUCCGGGAGAUCACAAGAGAUCGAAAACCUUGAUACGUUGUGGAUGUUUUCUGUGUAAAUAAUCAUUAAAUACGCCAUUUUUACUGAUUUUUACAUCAAUCAUGAGCACCGCACUUCGGCUGCAACCACUAAAUCCAGAUGAGAAAGAUGACUUGGCCAAUGUCGAAAGUGGAGCAAUCAAGAAAUUGAUUGAAAAGAGAAGUAAUAAGUGUUGUGACUGCUGCGGAAUGACAAAAAAAUUAGGAAUACGUGAUAAAUGGUUUGUACAGGAUCCAUGUGGGAUUGUUUGUGUUGUUAUUACAUACUUGCUGAUGUUAUAUGGAGAGUUUGCAGUGAUGAAAGUUAUCCUUCUACCCAUCGGAUUUGGAUUAUAUAGUACAUCGCACAUGCUUAUGUUUAACUUCUUCACAAUCAUGGCUUUCUUAUCGCACAUAAGAGCUAUGAUGACUGACCCAGGUGCAGUACCUCUAGGAAAUGCCACAAGAGAGAAGUUAAAUGACCUGGGUUUGAAAAUUGGUCAGGUUGUUUACCGUUGUCCAAAAUGUAUUUGUAUUAAACCAGAAAGGGCUCACCAUUGCAGUAUUUGCAGAAGGUGUAUACGAAAAAUGGACCAUCACUGCCCUUGGGUAAAUAAUUGUGUUGGUGAGAAUAAUCAAAAAUAUUUUGCACUAUUUACAUUGUACAUUGCUCUGAUGUCAAUGCAUGCUAUCGUGUUAGCUGUUACACAUUUCGUUCUGUGUGUUAAAACGAGUUGGGCAGUCCAAAGCUGUUCAUCGAUUUCUCCAGCAUCCACGACGGUCUUCCUCAUCAUUUUAGGAUUUGAAGCAUUACUAUUUGGGAUUUUCACAAUCAUAAUGUUUAGCACUCAACUGCAUGCAAUAUGCACCGAUGAAACGGGGAUUGAACAACUGAAGAGGGAAAAAGCAAAAUGGGAAAAGAAAACACGUUGUAUGGGAAUGAAGAGCGUAUUUGGAAGCCCGAUGUCUAUCCAGUGGCUUAACCCACUAUCUACACCUAGAGUUCAUAAUGGUAAAGAAGAGAUAUACAUGUACAAUGUAUAGUAAAAUAACCAAUAAUAAUAUUUUAAACAUAUCAAUAGUAUAUCAAUACUAUCACAUUUACUUACUUGCUUAUGUAUGGAAAAAAUUAUGUCAUAUCACACCCAUAUAUGGACAUGAUGAUGUCACAUAACACCCAUAUAUGGACAUGAUGAUGUCAUAUCAUACCCAUAUAUGGACAUGGUGAUGUCAUAUCACACCCAUAUAUGGACAUG